AUGGAGGAAGAUGAAGAAACAAAAAGAUUAAAUGAACGUCGUCGUAUUAGAGAAGAGAGAAGAAAGAAACAAGAAGAGGAUGACGCAAAAGAGGACCAAGAGAGAAAAGCAAGAGAGGAAGAACGUAAAGUUCGUAAAGAAGCAAGAACCAAAGAAAGAGGUGAGCGUGAAGCACAACAAAAGAAAGAAUUGGAAGAAUAUAUAAAGAGAACUGAAGAAGAACGUAGACAACGUAGGGAAGAACGUGAGAAACGUAGGAUAGAAGAAGAGAAACAACAAAAAGAGGAUGAGGAAAAGAGAAAGAGACAACAAGAAGAACGUGAAAGAAAACGUCGUGAAGAAGAUGAAGAAAAGAGAAAGAAAAUCAAAGAGUUGGAGGAAUCACGUAGGAAGGUGUUAAAAGAGUUGGAAGAGGAUGAGAAUAGUUCACAAGUCGAUUCGAUUCUAUCACAAAAGAAGAGACGUUUAAUUGCACGUCAAAAGAUUGAAUCAAUUCUAGCAUCUGUCGACCCAAGCAACUCACAAUACGAUCAAACCCAACCAACCCCAAUUAAAAUAGUAUCAUUAUUAUUAACGGAUGAAUUGAAGGAGGAGGUCAUUGAUUUGGUGGCAAGUGGUGGAUUUAGAUCAUUGGUGGAUUAUAUGUCGCAACCAGCAUCCAUCUCAACCAUGGCAGAGUAUUUGGUUGAUAUCAAUGUGGGUGCCACCAUUUUCGCUUCAAAACCAGAGUUCUUAAAUGGUACAGCCUCGUUAGAGUUAAAGAAUUCCUUAGCGAGAAUGCAAGCUUCCUACGAAAUCUUAAAGGGUGGAAUUCAAACCAUGGCAAAGAUUAUCACUGAUCCUUCAAACUCGUUCAUAUUGGAUAUACUCUUCUCUAUGAUUUCAAAUCCACCUCCUAUUCCACUUACAAAUAUGCACAUUUUCACAGACCUAGUAUGUAGUUAUAUGAGUCGUAAACCAGAAUUACUCAUUUACAUUUGCAAUAACAAGGAUACAAUCUUACCUUCAUUGAUGCAACAUCUUUCAAAUAGUGAAACUGUUGAUUUAUUAUUGAAAAUGGCUGAAAUCGAAAUGACACAAAGUAAUGAAACCACAUCUAAUAGCAGCAGUGGUGGUAGCGCAGCAUCAUCAUUUUUUAGUUUAUUUACAGGUUCAUCAAGUAGUAGUAGCAGUAGUAACAACAAUAACAACAAUAGUAAUAAUAAAGAGAAACCAAAUUGGACAAAUGAUUUAACACCAUAUUUAAUUUUAAGAAUUAAUGAAAUUAGUAAUUUAGAGAAUGUUAUAGUUGAUCAAUUAGAUUUAGAGAUUGAUAAUAUUCAAAGAUUAAUGUUUGAAUUAGUAAAGAAAUAUCCAAAAUCAAAAGUUGCUCAUCAUUUAUGUGGUCAAUCAUUCUCUAAUGCAGUUUUAAGAAAUGGUUUUAAAUUAGCAUUGGUUCAUCCUUACACUUCACCAUUCUCAUCAUCAAUGUUAUCAUUAAUUUGCACAUUAGUAGAUUCGUCAGUUACAAUGACUCAGUCUUUAAUUACAAAUUCUUCAUCAUCUUCUUCAUCAUCAUUAUUAUCGUCAUCAUCGUCCUCAUCAUCAUUAUUAUCAUCAUCAUCAUCAUCAAAUCAAGAUUUACCAUCAGUUAUAAAUUUAUUAUUUAAACAAAUCGUUAUCAUUGAUGAUAUUAGUAAUGGUGAAGAUAAUUCAAGAGAGUUAUCACCAAUAAAAGCAAUCUCUGAAAUUUUAACCAUUAAAAAAGAUUCACAAGAGAUAUUUAGUAUUGUACGUUUGAAAUGUUUACAUUUAAUUAAUUCAUUGGUAAAAGCAAAUAUUUCAAAAUUAGAUCGUGAAAUUUGGGAGAGUGGUAUCUUAAAGAAAUGUAUUGAUAUCUUUUUCGAAUAUGAAACCAAUAAUGUCAUCCAUUGUAUGAUAGAAGGUAUCUUAACACCAUUAAUUCAACGUUGUCUUGGUAGUGAUGAUGAAGAAUUUAUGUGUCAUUUAUUAAAAGAUUGUUCCUUUGUUUCAAGAGUUGUAAAUAUUUUAAGUGGUGGUAAUAAUAGUGAAUUAAAUCAAAUUAAUAAUAGUAAUAAUAAUAAUAAUGAUAAUAGUAGUAAUAAUAAUAAUAAUAAUAAUAAUAAUAAUAAUAAUAAUAUAAAUGGUAGUUUAAGUGGAGCUAGUAAAUUAAGUGCAUUAUUUGUAAAUAGUAAAGAUAAUGAUGUAGUUAUAGUUGAACAACAAAAAUCUGAACCAGUAAUUGGUGCACCAGCUCCUGCAAUGGGUUCAUUAUCAAGAGGUGGUGGUAAAAAGAUAAGAAGAAAGGUAUCUUUCUUUAGUACUGAUGAAGAUUCAACUUCAAAUGCACAAGAUGAAAAUAAUACUAGCAGUAAUACAAAUGGCGAUGUUAAAUUAGCAAUUGGUGAUUUAUCAAUGUUUCAACCACCAACUUCAACUCCAGCUCCAGCCACCUCAACUACUGAACAAUCUUCCGAUAAAAAUUCUUUAGAAAAUACAGUAGUUAGCUCAGAAAAGAGAUUCUCUGCAACUUUAACUUCAACUUUCUCUAUAUCUUCAUCCUCUUCUUCUUCAACAUCUUCUACAUCUUCUACAUCAACUACUACAACAAAGAUAAAUGGCACCUCUAGUAGUAGUAGUAAUAGUGGUAGCAGUAGUAUUAGUAAAAAAGCAGAAAAAGAAUUAAAGGAACAAGAGAAACAAAAAAUAAAAGAGUUGAUGGAUACCUUAAAAUCAAAACAAUUAACACCAGAUCAAGAAAAAGCAAUUAAAUCACAAAUUAAGCAACUCAAGAAAGAAAAAAGACAAAAGAAAGAAGAAAAGAAAUUAGCAAAAAGAUUAAAAGAAAAAGAAAAAGAAAGUAAAUCAAAAUCAUCAACAUCAACAUCAUCAUCUACUUCUUUAAAGAAUAGUUCUGGUUCAGUAGUUUUACCAACAUCAACAAACAAAUUAAAAUCGUCUUCAUCAAACUCACCAUCAUCUUCACCAGUUUUAACAUCAACCACUACAUCCACAUUAGCAGCAGCAACAACAACAACAACAACACCAACAUCCACCACAGCACCAACCACAACCACAACAACAACAACAACAAUGACAACAACAACAAUUACUUCAACUUUAUCAGAUCAAUCAAGUGAUACAAGUAGUAAUAGUGAUAGUUGUUCAAAUAGUGAUGUUUCAAGUGAAAUCUCAAAACUAUCAUUAAAUGACAAUUCUCAACCAAUCGAGGCAUCAGUUGAAAAUAUUGAAUCAAUUGAAGAGCAAAGUGUAGUAGUAGUAUAUCAUAAUGAAGAAUCGUCUAACAAUGGUAGCAGUAAUAAUACCGAAUGUAAUAAUAGUAAAAUAAAUGAUGAAUCAUCAACUAACACCCCAACCACCUCAACCACCACAGCAACAAAGAAGAAAGGAGUAAAUCAUAAUGUUGGACAUAUUAUAUCACUAUGUAUUGAAAUUACCCAUAUCGUUAACAAGAGUAAAGGUCAAUUGCUUAGAGAUAUUGUUGAUGAAUGUUGCCUAUUCCAAGGUCAAUGGGAUGAAGUUGUUGUACCAAAAUUACGUCAAGAAAUAUCAUUUAGAAAUAUCAAACCAAUUGGUACCGUUUCAAUGCGUAAAGGUAGAAAGGGUGCUCCACCAACUCCAUUUGCAAAUGUUGAAUCUUUCCAAAAUAUGGCAAAUGGUGUUCCAAUUCCUCCAACAAAUCCUUCCUCAAAAUUCUUUUUCUAA